GCGGUCUGCGCUCUUCCUCCGUGGCGGCCUUCGGGGUGCACUGAUGCACUAGACUAGCGGCUUAGCAUGGCUCAGCGAGCAGUGUGGCUCAUCAGCCACGAACCCGGAACUCCACUUGGUGGCACGGUCAGAUUCUCCAGACGGUAUCCAACUGUUGAAAAACGAGCCAAAGUCUUCAAUGGAACAAGCUAUGUGCCUAUCCCUGAAGAUGGUCCCUUUCUUAAAUCAUUACUCUUCGAACUUAGAUUAUUGGAUGAAGAUAGAGACUUCAUGGAGAGCCGUGAUAGCUGUUCUCGCAUCAAUAAAACAUCUGUGUACGGACUUAAAGUAGGAGGUGAAGAACUCUGGCCAGUUGUUGCUUUUCUGAAGAAUGGCAUAGUAUAUGCUUGUGUUCCACUAGUUGAACAAACUUUAUCCCCUCGUCCAGCACUAAUUAGCAUUAGUGCAAUUUCACAAGGCUUUGAACUUCUUUUUGGGAUACAGGAUUUUCUUUACUCAAGUCAAAAAAUUGAUACUGAGCUAAAUACAAAACUGAGCCAAUUGCCUGACUUGCUUCUACAGGCUUGCCCAUUUGGAACUUUACUAGAUGCCAACUUACAGAAUUCAUUGGAUAGUAUCAGUUUUGCUUCUGUGACUCAUCCACAAAAGCAGCCAGCCUGGAAAGCUGGAACAUACAAAGGAAAACCACAAGUUUCUAUUGCUAUCACUGAAAAAGUAAAAUCUAUGCAAUAUGAUAAACAGGAUAUAGCAGAUACAUGGCAAGUAGUUGGAACUGUCACUUGCAAGUGUGAUUUAGAAGGAAUCAUGCCAAAUGUUACCAUCAGCUUGAGUCUCCCCACCAAUGGAUCUCCACUUCAGGAUAUUCUAGUCCAUCCUUGUGUGACUUCUCUUGACUCUGCCAUUCUGACUUCUAGUAGCAUUGAUGCAAUGGAUGAUUCUGCAUUUAGUGGACCUUACAAAUUUCCAUUCACUCCACCUUUAGAAUCAUUCAACUUGUGCUACUACACUUCCCAGGUUCCUGUCCCACCAAUUUUAGGCUUUUAUCAAAUGAAAGAGGAAGAAGUACAACUAAAAAUAACAGUGAAUUUAAAACUUCAUGAAAGUGUGAAAAAUAAUUUUAAAUUCUGUGAAGCUCAUAUACCAUUUUACAAUAGAGGUCCAAUCACACAUGUGGAAUACAAAGUUAGUUUUGGCCAGCUCGAAGUAUUUCGAGAGAAAAGCUUAUUGAUCUGGAUUAUUGGACAGAAGUUCCCAAAAUCAAUGGAAAUUAGUCUUUCUGGAACUGUAACUUUUGGAGCCAAGAGCCAUGAGAAGCAGCCAUUUGACCACAUUUGCAUUGGGGGUACAGCAUAUUUAAAGCUUCAUUUUAGGAUCUUAGAUUACACACUUACUGGGUGUUACGCGGAUCAGCAUUCAGUUCAAGUUUUUGCAUCAGGAAAACCAAAAAUAAGCACACACCGGAAACUAAUUUCUUCUGACUAUUACAUCUGGAAUUCUAAAGCUCCUGCUCCAGUAACAUAUGGAUCAUUAUUACUAAACCUGUCACUUCGGGAUAAUUUCUGAAGACAAAGUCUGCUUCCCGUUUGGUAGGUGACCUGUUUAAUGUUUUCUCUGUGUCUGGGAACUCCUUAGUGUAAUUAGCGACCUUUGAACUCCACAACUAAUCCUGAGCUAUUUUGUAUUCCUUACUCAUCUUUAAGGCUGGACCUUUCUUUUCUUCAGACUCCGCUGCCACAAUUAAAGAAGAAACAGCUGCAUUUCAAAGGGAUUCCGAUCCAGAAGCUUAAUCGUGAUUGACAUGUUCUUAUUCUAAGCUAUAAGACACUCUUAAGAGUCCUUUCUUGGGUUAAAACUUCAAUCAUUUUCUAAAAAAUUAUCUCACUAUGGAUUUUAUUCAUUUUCUUUGAUAACUAUUCUUUGCAUUUUUUAACUUGAAAGAUGCUUUGCGUUUGCAGUGAAUAUGAGCACCUAUUUCCAAAGAUUUGGAUGGUAUCAGACCUACUCUAGAUGCAAAAUUGCUAAAUUCCUUUUUAGUGCAAAAUAUGAUUAUGAACUCUGUUAUCUAUCAUAUAGGUGAUUAUUCUUCAGUAGAUCCAAAUGGUACAAAAAGUGUUAAAUUUCUGAAAAUGUGCUCCAGAAAAAAUGGUUCAUGAUUUUGGUGAAAUCCUUCUUUUCUAAACAAUAUUUUUUAAACUUUUUUAAGCCCUUACAGAGGUGGGCAUUUUUUAACUUUCUUAAAAUAAUUGAUUUAAAUAUCAGGUUUGAAGUAAAUAGCCCUGUCAGAAAUUCUUAAGAGAAUUAUUUGUUUAAAAAUGUUUUCUUGAUUAAACAUUAGUCUGCCUUAUAAAAUUCUGUUUUACACCAACCAAGUAUUUGAGUUGAAAUUGUGAUUUUAUGUAUUGUAUAAUUUAAGGUCUCUCGGAACACAAUUUUGUACAUAACAACAGCUAAUAUUCUCCUUUUUUUUAUUAUAGUAUUUCAAACCACUUCAUAGCCAUUCAUAGACUCCUACACCACCCCUGGGAGGGAGGGAGGUCGAGUUUGCAUCCAGAGCCUCUGCAGGGACUGCUGCCACAGCAGAACGGUUGUUUCUAAGACAAAGGUCAGGAAAGGGAUGUUAAUAAACAGUCCUCAGGUUUAAGGGACUUUUUUAGGAUUACAUCUUAAAUUCCAACAAAUCAGAUUUAGGAGUUACUGAAAGUGAAAUUGAUCCAUCCCUCAUCCAAACUUUGCAAUACUUUCCUGUUCUGACAUCAUUUAGAUAGUUGGCUGUAUUAUCAGAUUAGAAACCAUUGUACCACGAUGCUGAAAGGAAAAGGAGGCAAAAAGCUAAACAUAGGAUAAAUUCUGAACCUUUUAACCUGGCUGAAGUACGUUGGUCCCUGUUAUGCAAAUACCUUCAAUCCUCUGCUAAGUUCAGUGGAAAUAAUUUUCUUGAAUGACAGGUUUAUUCAGCAAGGAUUCAGUUGGUGAUUAAUCCCCCUUUGAUCUAGGGUAUUUCACUUAACUACCAGUUACCUCGUUCUGACAAAGUGCAACUGAGAUUAGGGAGAUCACUAGAACACUACCAGGGUGUGCGUUUAUUCUCUCUAACCUUUUAAAGCAAGGGCCAAGAAUGCAAUUUAUUUUCAGUAUUUGAAGAUGUAAAGUCCUGUCUGCUAAGUUAGAAAGUCAAUUGAAUACCAAAUGAAGUUUAUUUCUUACGUAAUAGAACAAACAUUUCUUUUUUGCUUUGUCUAACAAUGAUUUUUAGGAAACAUAGGCUUUGAAAAAAGAAGAAAGACUACAUUCUAAGUAUAUCUUCUAGUUUUGUUUCAUGUACUAGAGAAUAUACUCAUUGACCCUGAGAUAGCCCAAAAAUCAAAGCAGUCACUACAAUUUAGGUUGAAAAAAUGCUUCAGUUUUAUUAAAUUGCAUGGUUUCUUCCCACCCUCCUCCCAUUUAAAAAGGUCAUGCUAUGUGGUAAAUCCAAUUGCGGAAACAUGUAAUACACAAGUAUUCAUCUUAAGACUUCUGAUUUCAAGGCUUUAUUUGUUAACUUUGUCCUUUCUUGAGGAAAACAACUUAGUUCCCAUCAUAAGAAUAAUUGCGUUCACUUUCAGAAUGAAGAUUUUUGUUCAUAAAGAAAGGUAAAUGAUGCCAUUACAAGAAUACUCCUAAGUAAUUAUUUUAAAUUAUCAAACUAACCAUUUUCCACAGCAUUGUUUACUAUUUUUCUGCCUUCCUUUCCAUUUAGCUGUGUACCUCUUCUUCCAUAACUUUAAGACUUUGAAAUAUUCUUUGGAAUCUUGCACAAUAUUUUAAGAAUAACAUUUUAAGAUACAUUUUUGCUACGGUUUCUCAAAAAAAUUCAUCUUUAAAAACUUACCAUUGUCAAAAUUUAUCUUGCAAGAUAUCAAAUGUGCGGAUCUAUUCUGCAUAUAGUUUAAGACCCUUAAAAAAGAAACAAUCUUUAACAAAAAUUUGUUUUUAAAUAGUAAGUUAUUAUUAGUGAUUAAUGUUAUUAUAGACAGAGCAUUCUAAGUGCUUUAUAAUUGUUCAUUAUCCUAGUAGCAGUUUGCAAUACAAGUUAUGUAUUUACAUAAUUAUACAUUAUUUUGUUUCAAAGUCUCUGUGACCCAAUUUCUAAAUUGAAACAAUGACUCAAAGAAGUACCUCUAACUUCCCUGGGUAUCAGCCUCUUCUGUUUCAAUUUAGUAACCAAACUUUCGAAAUAUCUUUUGAUAGCCGGUUACUUAAUCACAGAAAUUGAGGAUCAGAAAAAAUAUAAGAUGAAAGGCAGGACCCCCUGGCUAUGUUGCUAAGAAAACUAGUAUUUUUAAUAAUUCACUAUGCAGUAAAUAUUUUUAAUGAAAUGUUGCAAUAUAUUUUGAAAUAUGUAUCAGAAUCUGUAUAAAUCAUAUGUACAUGUAUGUAUAUGUAAUAUAUAUAGUACAUAUGUUAAGUGUCAUGUCAGAGGAAAUAAUUCAAAUAUCUUUCCUCCAAACACAGUGUUAGUUAAUAGUAAUGAAGAGGUUCAUUAACAUAAAAAUUUCCAAAGAACUCAUGAGAUCACUGUUACAAAAUGAUUAAAACUUAUGAGCUUCAGCUAGCUUCUAAUUUUUUUCAUCAACUGUUUUAGAGGUAUGAUAAUAUUGUCCACAUACAGCCUGCAGCAGUGCAAGGCCAUAUCUCUAUGACUAGUUUAUUGUCUUGUAAGCAGGCUGCUCUGAGGUCAAGGUUGAUUUCUCUAAGACCCUGGCUAAUCUGCACAAUUGUUGGCAGUGUAGUGCUAAUAUAUGAUGCACAGCAUUUAGCAUUUACAGAUUGACAGAUGCCCUGGGAUGGAAACCACCUGAUGAAUUGUUUCUCCAGUAGGAUAUGUGAAAAUUUGUAUAUUUUAAUAAUCCGUCAACAUGUAAAGUCAAAGUGUAUGUUUCCUUUAAAUGUCUUUUUAAAUGAUAGCUUUUGUAAAAGAAUAUUGUUUUCCCUCUUAAAAUUUUUACUUUUUCUCUCAAGGGACUUGAGUGCCCUCUGCAGGUUAUAAAGAGAUAAUUAAUGGCAAUAUUUAUUUUUAAACCAGUGAUUUUUUCCCUUUUAGAAGCACAGCCUGCAUAAAUGUGACCCAUUUUAUUUAUAUUGUUAACUUUGUUGAUUUUCCAGUGAUUGAAGGAAGAGUUUCUUUUCCUGGCCUGUUUUAUUUAGUGUGAAGUAAUAUCAUUGAAUUUUACAAAUCACCUAGCUAGGGCUCUUUGAAUAUUGGAACUAUACACAUUGGAACUAAUACAAAGUCCCUCACAGAAAGGAGAUUGGGAAAAUUUAGCUAUUUUGAAAUUUAUUGAAGAUGUAGAGAAUAACUUGAUUUAAUUCCCAUUACAUAAUUAGACUAUUUAUACAUUUGAAAUAAGCUUUACUUUUUCAAUAUGCAUUGUGUAAAAUUUUUAAAUUACAUGAGUUCUAUUUCUUAAUCUUGUUAAUGAGUGAUGAUUGUGUUCAAACUAAAAAAGCUUUACAUCUGAUUCACUUAAAGCUGCCAGGGGAACUAAAUAUGAUGAGAACAAGAAGAAUGAUUGGGUCACAUUAAUAGAAAUAGAUCUUUUUGCAAGAACAUAGCGAUCCUGAUCAUCAACCUUGAAAAGUAAAUUAGAACAAGCAAAUUGCUAUUGAAAAAUUCUUUCAGCACUCUGCUGUUGCUACUCAGCUAGUCAUGGCUCAGCCAGAGGCAAAGAAAAGUGCAGUUUGGUGUUAACAAAGGAAACAUUAUUAAAGUGAAUGUUUACAUUGUAUUUAUUGAAGUGUUGAAAGAAUAUUUGUUGCAACUUCAGCCUACUGUUCUCCCUGCUAUAAUAUUGCAUGAGUGAUGAUAAAAAUAAUUUGUACAUUUUAAAAGAAUAAGUAACAUUUAACUUAAGUGUUUGUCGAUUGUCUUCAAAAUGCAUAAAUAUCAAACUUAAUACUUUCUUAUUUAAAGAUUUCUGUCUCCAGCAAAUGUAUCUCAUUAAAAAAAAAAAAACUCAUUAAAUAUACCUUCUGUUUAUCUCCACACCUGCUCUUAGCCAAAAGGUCGAGAAGCAAUCCAAGGAUUUCCAAAUGCUUUAUGUAACUUUUCCCCUAGAAACUACAGUGCAUAAGAAAUAAUAAACUGAAAAUUAAGCAAAUAUGAAAACAAUUGUGAAAUUGCUGAAGUGAGUGUGUAAUUGAAUGUAUAAUAUGUUCAUUGGAGAAACAGCUUGUGAGCAAUUAUUUUAAGCUACUUCAUAAAAACUAACUUGCGAAUAGACAACGGUUGAAACCAUGCAUGCCAAUCGGACUUCUAACACUUUAAUAAGUAUUAUAAAAUGGGAAAGUUAAUUAAAAAUUCAGAAAGAAUUUAAGCUUUCACAUAUCUAAAAUGAACAAUUUAAAUUAACUCAUGUUAUAGAAGUAUAGAAUU